CGACGGGAUGGGGCGGGGCGGGGCGAGGCCGGCGGCAACGCGCGGGAGCCGCGGAGGCGGGUCUGAUCGCGGCUGGAGCGGACUGGAAUGGCUGAUGAGCUCCGCUCCCCCUCACGUUCCUUAUGUGAUCGAAGCCGUUCCUUAUGUGAUCGAAGCCGUAAACCCGUCGUGUGUGACGCAACAUUUGCUCAGCACUUCUGUGUCUACUGCUGUCGCCAGUGGAAAAUCUCAGGAAAAGGGAAAAAACAUGAAUUUAGCAAUGAAGCCAUUCAAAAAAAAGCACCUCACAGCCGAAGACUGCGAAGCUCUCACCCAGAGCGCAGAAGGUUUAUCCUCCCUGAUGCAGCCGUUGAGUCAAAGGCAAACUAAAGGAGAUGUAAACGGGGGCCUCCAUCCCACCCACCGGACAAGGAGACAUCAAGGAGGCCAAGGUCAGCAGAAGAGCAUCACUGAUUACUUCAGGAUCUCUCAGAUUCAACAAGUAGGUGCCAGUGGGACGAAGAACAGUAGAAUCAAAGAAAAGCAACUGGAUCCCAUCUUCACUGAAUGUGAUUUCUUCAGCAGUGUCUCCACUGUGACAGAGAUCAGCAGUGAUUCCAGCUCUUUUCUGGAGGAUGGGGACUUUGUACCAGCUCCCACAGAAAGCUCCAGAAAACGGCCUCUGUCCACUGCAGCUGCAGGCAUUAGCAACCCAGAGCACGAUUUGUGGGGUUCGCCUGAGAAGAAGCCAAUGGUGGUUCAUCCAGAAUGCAGCCAGAUCAAGCAGGAAUGCAGCCAGAUCAAGCAGGAAUGCAGCCAGAUCAAGCAGGAACUUGAUAAUAUGGAAAUUGAACCAGUCCCUGAUGAACACUAUGGACUCCUGGGGACUCGGAACUGGGAAGUGCCUCAGGGAAGUAUUGAGGAGCUGCCUGUUGAAAUCCUUAGGUACAUCUUUGCUCUCCUCCCAGUGACUGAUCUGUAUCAGAACCUGAGCCUGGUGUGUCGCUGCUGGAGGGCGAUAGUCAGUGAUCCACUGUUCAUUCCUUGGAAGAAGCUGUACCAUCGGUACCUAAUGAAGGAGGACACGGCCCUGCACAGAGUUGAACAGGUCUUGCAGGAUUUUGCCAUAACAAAGGAGCAGAAAGAAUGUGUGUUGGGUCUGAUCAGGUGCGUGUCUGCCAUAUCCACAAGUCGGAAGGUAAAUCCCAGUGCGGUUCUCCGGUGUUUGAAGAGUCAUCACCUCUUCUCGAAGGCUGAAGUCUGCGUCGCCAACAAACUGCCACAUUUACAGAGCAAGACGGGGCCUGAGAACAUGUGGGCCAUAAUUGCAGUCAUGGUGCUUUUCUCCAAUGGUGUCAGCGACAUCCGAAGGCUGAUGGCGUGUCUGCAGAGACCCUGCUCUACCCUGUCUGUGGUGGAUGUGACCGAGACACUCUACUGCAUCGCCACGCUUCUGUACGCAAUGAGAGAGAAGAACAUCGUGAUCACUAACAGGAUCCAUUACAAUAUUUUCUACUGCUUGUAUCUGAUGGAAAAUUCUUCUGCAACUAUGCCGACAGUGGAAGAGGAAACACUGGCUUCACGCUGCAGAGAAGACUUAUGGUCAAGAUCGACACUCCCGCCCAGCUUGGUGUCACCUGCAAACUCACCGAGGGCGCACUCGAUCCCCUCACCCAGAUCAUGGAUAAAGACAUUAAACAAGGCUGGCCCCGACACUGAGCCCUGGGGAGCCCUGCUCGUGCCCAGUGGCUGUUCACUUACAAACACUGCUUCCUGUGCACGAGAGGAAACAAGUAGCCUGCCUGAAAUAAAGCUGACCCAUGAACAGCAAAGGAUUUUGAAUCACAAAAUUGAGCGUGGUCAUAUAGUGAAAGUUAUGGCAUUUGCAGGUACAGGAAAGACCUCAACCUUGGUGAAGUAUGCGGAGAAGUUUGCUGAUCUGAAUUUCCUUUACGUGGCGUUUAACAAAGCUGUUGUAGAGAGGGGAAAAAGUGUCUUCCCCAGAAAUGUUACGUGCAAGACUUUCCAUUCUUUGGCAUUUGAAAGUGUUGGCAAACACUAUAAAGAAAAAGGCAAGCUGAACUUCUCCAAGAUGUCAGCAUACUCCGUGAGUUUCCUUAUCCGGAACCACGAGGGACAAUCUCUGUUCAUACGAGGGAAAACAGUCGCGCAGACCCUUGAAAACUUUUUUGCCUCUUCACAUAGAGAAAUCUGUGAAGAGCACACUCCUGUUUGGUUCAAAAAUACCCAUAGCAUGAGGAAAUUUAUGAACCCAAUUGAAAAGCAAAUCAAUGUGGAAGAGGCGAAGGAGAUAUGGCACAAAAUGAAGAAUUUGGAUGGAGACGCAGAGAAGAAAUACAAGAUAACCUCUGAUGGGUAUUUGAAACUUUGGCAGCUCAGCAAGCCUCAGCUCUCAGGAUAUGAUGCCAUUUUUGUCGAUGAAGCCCAGGACUGCACUCCAGCCAUCAUGGAUAUUGUGCUGUCGCAGACGUGUGGCCUAAUCCUUGUAGGAGAUCCUCACCAGCAGAUCUACACCUUCCGAGGCGCUGUCAAUAGCCUCUCCUCAGUGCGUCACACCCAUGUCUACUACCUCACCCAGAGUUUCAGAUUUGGUCCUGAAAUAGCUUACGUUGGAGCAACCAUUCUGGAUGUCUGCAAGAGGAUCAGGAAUAAGACAUUAGUGGGUGGAAACCAAAAGGGUGAUGUGAGAGGUAGCAUGGAAGGGAAGAUAGCAAUCUUAUCACGAAGCAAUUUUAGCGUAUUUGAGGAUGCUGUGAAACUUACUGGAAGAGAGAGACAGAUUAAAAUACAUGUGAUUGGGGGGCUUGCCCGUUUUGGCCUGAGCAGAAUUUAUGAUAUUUGGAAGCUCAGUCAACCUGCAGGUGAACGGGAAAAACUAAACCUUGUUAUACAGGACUCCUUUAUAAAAAAAUGGGAAGAAAAGCAUGACUUCUUCAGUUUAAAGGACUAUGCAGAGCGCAUCGAUGACAAAGACCUGGAAGUGAAGAUCGCGAUAGUGGAGAAAUACAAAGAGCGGAUCCCUCAGCUGGUGCAGAAGAUUGAGAGCAGCCACGUGCCACGAAUAGCCAUGGCAGAUUACCUAGUAGGUACUGUCCACCAAGCCAAAGGCAUGGAGUUUGAUACAGUGCUGAUUGCAGAUGACUUUGUGAAAGUACCAUAUCUGGGCGACGUUUACAAUAGAACCAGCUUCAGUAUCGGCAUGUAUCCUGAUGAUGAAUGGAACCUGCUCUACGUAGCAGUGACACGCGCAAAGAAGUGUUUGCUAAUGUCAAAGUCCCUGGAACACCUUCUAGCAUUGGCUGGGGAGCAUUUCUUUCGGGUGGAGCUGACAAGUGAGGCUGGGAAGGACGGGGCUGCCAUCGUUUGCUCCACACCACAGUGUGCAAGAACACUACAAUCCCAGCUGGUUGUGAAGAAGCUCCCUUUGACUCAUAGCAAUGGCAGCAAGGAUGCCGGUGGCUACCUUUGCCACGCUUGCAUGAAGCAACGCUUUGGCUCUCUGACACCACUGACCUUUGUCCCAGCGCUUCCAGAACAGCCCGUCCAGCUCUAAUGAAGCCCUUCAUCUCCCCAGGAGCCCUUGCUGUGCCCUGGAGCCAUCCUGGGCACGGGACGAGGCCUGUUGUCACAUCCCAAGUCCAAAAUCAGGUGGAUACGGGAGCGAGAUUUUGGACCCACCUCCAAGAGGAACCCUCCGGGCUCUCUGUGAGGAAGUGUGAGACUUUUUCUCAAGCCCUGCCUUGUCCUCCAGGAGCUGGUUGGCACGGCCUGCAUCGCUGCACAGGAGAAUAUGCACUAUAUAAACUGUAUCGGACAGGACAGCUUUAUUUUAUUUUAUUUUUUUGAGCAUUACCCCCAGUUACCUGUCACCAGGAAAACACCUGCAGUGACUAAAAUGCCAGGAUAUUCCAGCCUCUUCCAUCAUGUCAUGCCUCUGAUCCAUUGUAAGAAGAGAAAAUGCUGAAAAGUAUGCAAAAAUGUCACUUUAUUCCUAGAA